AUGCCCAACAUUGGCCUGCUCACCCCCGUGCUGCUGGCUUCUGCUGGACAAGUAUUCAGUAGGAUUUCCAAUUACAAAUAUUUGGUCCGCGGCGGGUUCCAGCCGCGCCUUCCGACUUCGCUGCCGCCCCCAGGGCAGCAGCAGCAGCCGUCGCCGCUACCACGCCGACAGCCCGUCCCGUUGAUGCCUCCCGCGCAGCUUCAUCCGGGAGCGCCCCAGGUGGUCGCUCCGGCGCCUGCGGUCCCUCUUCAGUCGCCACCGCCUUCGGAGCUGAUGGACGUCGACCCCUCAGCCGGGCCGCCUUCCCAAGCGGUGGCUGUGCAGCCUGUCCUGCAGCCGCUUUCCUUGGGCACCCCCAAGGAGUCUGACACCGCAGCGCCUUGUCCGGCGCCCACUCAGCAGCCGUCGACGCAGCGUCAGGAGACGCUGCCUCUCUUCGUGGGUCCCGACGCCCCGUCGCGUCCUGUACCAGAAGCUGCGCCCAAGGUCACAGGCGUGCACCCUGACCUCGGUUUUCAAGACACCGCCGUAAUAACGCCUGUUGCUGCCUGUGUGGAGCAUUCAGGUAGGCUGGCCGAUGUAGCGGCAACGCAUUUGGGCGCGCCACGGCCCAGCGGGGUUCUGCUACAAGUUGGCAAGUGGCGCGCAGGCGGCGGGCGGACUUCUUGCGGUAGAGCGAGCCGACAAACGGGCGCGCCGCCGUGUUUACGAGACGGCAGCAAUUACUGCGGCGCGCCCGCCGCGCUGCUGGCUGAUGAGUGGGGGGACGCUGGCUGGCUGGCUGGCCGGCCACACCAGGGCGGCAGGGCGACCGCCUGUCCCGCACAGCUCACUGUUACUGCCGGCCCUACACACAGCGUCUAA